CGCAUCCCUUAGGUUCUUGAAGAGGCGUAAACCAAGUACAAAUAUGAUGACAAUUAAUGCAUUCCCAAGGCGCACAGCUGUGCAACUUUUGUUAAUCUCUCCAUAAUUUCCUGUCCUUUACACCGUAUGUAUGUUUUCAUGUGAUUCCUGAACUAAUAUGCUUCAUGUUUAUCCAUGCACCAUGCAAGCAUUAUAAAUAUUAUCUCUCAAACUAGAGAUAUGAUGAACAAGUCAAGCACAAAUGGGGAUAGUAGAAGCACACAACGUGGAAGUUUUAGGCUCGGGAAAGCAAGUUAUAGUUCUAGCUCAUGGCUUUGGUACGGAUAAAUCUGUCUGGAAGUACUUGGUACCGCACCUUCUUGAAGAUUAUCGGGUUGUUUUAUUUGACAAUAUGGGUGCUGGUACUACCAAUCCAGAUUAUUUUGACUUUGAAAGAUACUCAACUAUUGAAGGAUUUGUUUGUGAUGUUCUUGCCAUUUUGGAAGAAUUACAGGUCAAGUCUUGCAUCAUGGUUGGACACUGCUUUUCUGCCAUGGUUGGUGCUAUUGCCUCGAUCUAUCGCCCCGAUCUUUUCUCUAAACUCAUCAUGCUCUGCGCCACUCCAAGGUUAUUACAUGAUAAAAAUUACAUAGGUGGAUUCAAUCAAGAAGACCUAGACCAAAUGUUUGAAGGAAUGUGUUCCACUUACGAGGCAUGGUGCUCAGGGUUCGCACCAACGGUAGUAGGUGGCGACAUGGACUCAGUAGCUGUGCAAGACUUUUCACGGACCUUAUUUAAUAUGAGGCCUGACAUAAGCUUAAGCAUAGCUAAGAUGAUGUUCCUAUUUGACAUGCGACAUAUUCUACCCAUGGUUACUAUACCUUGUCACAUUCUUCAAAGCUUCAAUGACGCGGCAGUACCGGUGGCUGUGUCUGACUAUCUGCAUCAAAAUCUUGGAGGCCCAUCCAUUAUUGAGGUCAUGCCUACCGAAGGUCACCUGCCACAAUUGAAGUCUCCUGGCAUUGUAGUCCCUGUUAUUCUCAAACACAUCCAUCUUAAACUAACCGAGUGAUCAUUGUUCGUAUGUAUUUGUUUUGCUUGCUAGUGUAUAUGUAAAUCAACUUAUAAGUUAAUAAAAUCUUGUUGUAUCAUAAGGCUGCCAAUUUAUAUUAA